UGUAGCUCCGCUGCUCUCAGUGUUCAGAGCUCCUCUCCGCGGCGCUCCUCCUCUGUGUCGACCCCGGACAGAACCGCCAUGGCAGAGGCUGCAGGUCCGCUGUCCGCUCGCCUCAGGCCCCGCGCCCGGAGGGUGACAUGACCUCCAGCGGCAGGGGGCCGAGGGCGGCGCGGCCGCGCCUCUCAGCGCUGCCCAGGCCGGGCGCCAGGCUGCUGGGGUACGGCGCGCUGCUGGCGGCGUGCGCGCUCUGCUACCGCAACUCCCUGCGCGGAGAGUUCGUGCACGACGACGUGUGGGCCAUAGUGAACAACCCGGACGCGCGAGCUGGGUCCAGCCUGUGGAGCAUCUUCACCGACGACUUCUGGGGAAAGAGGAUGUCCGACAACACGAGCCACAAGUCCUACCGACCGCUCUGCAUCCUCACCUUCAAGUUGAACAUUCUGCUGGGCGGGAUGAAUCCGUAUUAUUUUCACGUGGUGAACGUGUGUUUGCACUGCGCAGUGACCGUCCUUCUCAUGCACACGUGUGAACGAUUCGUGUUCAAGAACAGCCGCCUGGCCUUCCUUACUUCCCUCCUCUUCGCUGUCCACCCCAUCCACACAGAAGCAGUGUCUGGCAUCGUAGGGAGAGCAGAUGUCCUGGCCAGUAUGUUGUUCCUCCUGGCCUUUCUCUCCUAUAUUAGGAGUGUGUCAGAGUGCAGCAUGGUGGACUCGUUCCCCUCGACAGUGUCUCCACGAUUUCUAGCACUCUCCCUGUUCCUCGGUACCUGUGCCAUGCUGGUUAAAGAGACGGGCAUCACUGUCUUUGGAGUGUGUGUCCUGUACGACAGUCUGGUGCUCUGUCGCAAGCCCCUCUUCUCGCACCUGUCACGCUCCAGAGUGAAGGAUCUGAUCCGAGUCUCUCGGCCGUUCAUCAAACGAGCCUGCGUGGUCUCUGUAUAUGUACUGUUGAUCCUGUCUGCUCGCUUGUGGUUGAUGGGCGGCUCCAUGCCUCUGUUCUCAGAGCAGGACAAUCCAGCCUCCUUUUCACCGUUCCUCCUCACCAGGUUCCUCACCUACUGUUAUCUUCUGGCCUUCAACGCCUGGCUGCUGCUGGCUCCUAUAGUGCUCUGCUAUGACUGGCAGGUGGGCAGCAUCCCUUUAGUGGAGUCUCUGUGGGACGUACGCAACAUCGCUGCCCUGGUGUUGGCCCUGGGCAUACUGGCUCUCUGCCUGCACUGUGUUACAUCACUACAGAAGAUGGAGGGCAGGGAGGUGCUGGUGGGGAUUCUGUUCCUGGUAUUUCCUUUCAUCCCUGCCACUAAUCUGUUCUUCCGUGUGGGAUUUGUGGUGGCAGAGAGAGUCCUCUACAUGCCCAGUAUGGGGUACUGUAUCCUGGUGGUGCAUGGAGUGAACAGGUUGUGUGCGGUGGUGGGCCGCUGGGGUGCAGCCGCUCUCACCGUCUCCAUGCUGCUGCUGCUCCUCCUCUUCUCCUGGAAGACGGUGCAGCAGAAUGAAAUCUGGCUGUCCCGGGAGGCUCUCUUCAGGUCUGGGAUUCAAACAUUACCUCACAAUGCUAAAGUUCACUACAACUAUGCCAACUUUCUGAAGGACAGAGGACAGAACGAGCAGGCUAUGCACCACUACAAAACAGCACUCAGACUGUACCCUCGGCAUGCCAGCGCGAUGAAUAACCUGGGCACGUUGACUCACAGCGUCGAGGAGGCAGAACUCUACUACAGGAAAGCUCUCGACAUCAACCCCCAACACAACCGAGCUCUCUUCAACCUGGGCAACCUUCUCAAGUCUCAGGGGAAGGAGGAAGAGGCUGAGGCAAUGCUGAAGGAAUCGAUACGCUUCGGGCCGCAGUUCGCUGACGCCUACUCAAGCUUAGCCUCGCUCUACGCUGACCAGAAACGCGUUUCAGAGGCAAAUGAGAUUUACACAAAGGGCAUUGAGAACUGCCCAGACAGUUCAGACCUCCACAAUAACUACGGCGUGUUCCUGGUGGACACAGGUGAUAGCGAGGGAGCUGCUGUUCAUUACCAGCAUGCCGUGCGUCUGAAGCCGUCUCACUAUGUUGCCAUGGUGAAUCUCGCCCGUCUGCUGCGCUCCUCUAACGGCAGUAAGGAGGCUGAGCUGUGGUAUAAGCGGGCUCUGCAGGUGGUGCGUAAGGUGGAUAUCCUGACUCCUCUGGGAGCGCUGUAUUAUAACACAGGCCGAUACGAAGAGGCUCUGCAGCUCUACCGAGAAGCCGCCGCCCUGCAGCCGGAGAACUCCGACAUCUGGCUGGCCCUGGCUCAGGUCUUGGCUAUGGCAGGCAGCUCUAAGGAAGCAGAGAAAAUGACUCUGGGCAUCAUUUCCAAAAGCAAUGGCUGCAUAGAGUGUUACCGCCUGCUGUCUGCCAUCUACAGCAAACAGGGGAACCACACAGAGGCUUUGGAGGCUUUGGAUAAGGCUCUGCAGCAAGAGCCAGCAGACCCUGCAGUGAAGGCGGAGCUUUUCUUCUCCAUGGGCAACCAGCUCAGAGAGAUGAAUGAGCUGGACCGAGCCUUUGAGAACUACAAGCUUGCUGUGGCACUGAAGCCUGACCAAUCACAAGCUUGGAUGAACAUGGGUGGAAUUCAGCAUAUAAAGGGAGACUAUGCAGCUGCAAGAAUGUACUACCAAAGAGCUCUCCUCCUCUCACCCGGCUCCAAACUGCUUAAGGAGAACCUGGCCAAGCUGGACAGACUGGAGAAAAAACUGCAGGGCACUUAAAGGGCAAUGAAGGCUCUGAACCACCAGGAGAAGCUACACCACACAGGGAUAUGUGUUACAGACUGGUGGAGGGUACAGAUGGGCCGAGAUACCAAACUGUGGAGGCGGCUGCUUUAAAAGCUUCCCUCACAAUCAAUGGAGCCACAGUAUCUGUAAGAUGAGAUCAUGACCCGAGCCGGGAGACCGAUCUGAGGGUAACGGUGAGGAUCAGCUCUGCUGAUGAAGGUCAGCUUCAAUACUGCAAUACAGGGGGUUGCGUCAGAUACCCACCUCACAUUCUGUACCACUGACUCGUCUGAAGCUCCGCCCGCCCCAGCCUAUCAAAGCUUUAUCUGUUCUCUGAUGAGGAGUGAAGGAGUUUUAACGAGUGCCCCCUGUUGAGUGGGGCUUGAUUAAUUGUGGGGAGUUUAUGCAGAAGAGCAGAUCCCUGAGAGGCUCUUGGCUCUAAAACGCUCUGCACUCGACGGAACUCUAGGAGCUGCACUCCAAACCUCCAGCUCCUCCAGCUUCAGUGACUGGGACUCUCAGAACAGGAGCUACAGGAGAGAUGGAUGCUCUCCAACUGUGUUCUGUGAACAUGGACGCAUUUUUCCGUUUGGUGCAGUAUGCAGGAUCUUUAGGUGGGAAGGUGCUUUUGGAUGUUUUGCUUGCUGUGUGUUUGUGUGUGUGUGGGGGGGGGGUUGUUUUUGUAUGUGUGACUUUAUGAGUGACAUACAGGUACAUCUAAAAAAAAAAUGAGAAUAUUUUUAAAAAGUUACUUUAUUUCAAUAAUUCAGUUCAAAAUGUAAAACUUAUAUUAUUAUAUAGAUGUAUUAAACACAGAGUGAUCUUUUUUAAGCGUUUAUUUAUUUUAUUGUUAAAAAAUUAUGAUUUACAGCCAAUAAAAAUCAGCCAAUAAAAAAUCAGUGUCUCAGAAACUUUUUAUAUUAUAUAAGACCAAUUGGUAGUGUGGGCAGUGUGCCAAGCAGAUGACAUGUCUCUCCAAACCAUCACUGAUCAUCAGUAAAUGAUGAAAUUUACAUUUCAUUUGUAAAUCAAGAGAUCAGAGUCUGGAGGAAGAGUGGAGAGACACACAGUCCAAACUGCUUGAGGUCUAGUGUGAAGUUUCCACCAAUCAGUGAUGGUUUAAUGGAGAGACAUGUGAUCUGCUGGUGUUGAUCCACUGUGUUAUAUUGUCAAGUCCAAAGUCAACUUUUAUGGAGAUGUGGAUUUCAUUUUCCAGCAGGAUUUGGCACACUGCCCAACCAUGCCAAAAGUACCAAUUGGUCUUAUAUAAUAUUCUAAUUUUCUAAGACACUGAUUUUUGUGUUUUCAUUUGCUGUAAGCCAUAAUCAUCAACAUGAAAAUCAAUAAACGCUUAAAAUAGAUCACUCUGUAUGUAAUGCAUCUAUAUAAUAGAUUAGUUUUACAUUUUGAACUGAAUUACUAAAAUAAAGUAACUUCUUAAUGAUAUUCUUUUUUUUUUUUUGAUGCACCUGUAAACUUGCUCAGUGAAAAUGUAAUUAUGGUGUCAUUUUUCUUCCAGAAGAAUGCAACUCCAUUCAUGCCAUUCAGAUGGUUUGUUUGUUUUUUUUACUGUAAAUGUUCUUCUAGAUGUGGAAUGUUUAAAGGACUAAAGGCGUAAUACAAUGGCCUGUGCAAUGACUGACAUAUCAAACAGUUCUUAUUCCCCGUGUGCGGGUUCCAGAUGAAGAUAUGAAGAUGAUUAAAGUGAAGUUAAAAGAUGUCCAGAUGCUUAAGCUGCACCAUCAUGAUACUCAUAUUUUAUCCGUAUGAUUAUACUUAUGAUUUGUAAUAUUCUGCUGUCAUUACAGAAUAUUUACCCAGCUUUCUCAUCAGUCCAUAUCAUUACUGAAGCCAAUGUGAAAUUAUGUAUCCUUAUUUAAUAAUAAAAAAACAUAUAUACA